AUGGGCGAACGUUUUCACAGGCAACUGAAGGCCGCUCUACGUGCCACUUCUGAUCCGCAGUCUUGGACAGAAUUCCUGCCUAUCGUUCUUCUUGGUUGUCGUACUGCUGUUAAAGCAGACUUAGGUUUCUGCUCUGCUGAACUCCUUUACGGUACUACCCUGGCAUUCCCUGGCACAAUGUUAGCGCCAGACAACUCAUCGUCUCCUGAUCCAACGUCGUAUGUCACCAGACUUCGCUUGUAUUUCUCGUGUCCUCCACCCAUGCAUCCGCGUGACCAGUCUAUUCCCUCUCACGUCCCUCCGGAUAUUGACAAAUGGACUCAUGUUUUUGUUCGGGAUGAUUCUGUCAGAAGACCUCUCGUUUCUCCUUAUAAGGGACCAUUCCAUGUGCUAUCGCACACACCCAAAACUUUUAGUCUUGACAUCAAUGGUCGGGCAGAGACCGUGUCGGUCGACAGACUUAAAAGGGCACAUUUCGAGGUGUCCAUACCUUUCGAUGACACCCCAGACACGUCCACCUUUGAUCCUUUACAACCACCUACACAUCCACCUGCACAUACACCUUUGACCACACCAUCACCUACACCUACACUUUCGUCGCCACUGCCUAACACGAACAAACCCUAUGGCACCACGACUGGCCGUACUGUGCAUUGGCCUAAAAAACUAAGACUAUUUAUAUGUGACAUUAUCUUUUGUGUUUCCUGUGACACACUUUGUGUGUUACUGCACAAGUUCCAAUACUCUGCCAUUGAACAUUUUGUCAAAUUUUGUGCAUGCCAAUUUAUAUUUCUUGCAGUUAUUGUUCUAUUUGACUUGUUACAUUUUUGUACCAUAUCUUGUUGGUUGCGAUCACUUGCCAUCUUUGCUCUUUCUUGUGCCUGCUCCAAUUAUUCUGGUUUCGUACUUCUGCACUCAGUGGGGAGCCAUUUGUAG